CAAAUUCACCAGUGACACCUCCGCCAACUCUCAUCAACCAUUUCGGCAUAUCGACAUCUCGAUCCAUCAACCCCGCGGCGCUCUCGACAUGGCGCUACCACAUGCUGCAGACACCUCCUGAACGGCCCCCUUCAAAAAAAAAAAAAAUAAAUCAGAUCAGCACUGGUGCGCGAUCGCCCAGAGCGCUUUCAUUCAAGAUGGGUCGCUUAGGGCCGAUGACAUCGCUGGGGCUGGGCCGGUCACCGUAUGACGAGGUGGUGCCUGGUGAAGGCCCCGAGGACCCACGCGCUCCUCGCCAGCAGUACGACGAGCGCGGUCGUCCCAUCAACCCGGAGACUAAGCGGAUCAACCGGGAUGUCAUCCGUUCGCACAACGAGGUGAUGAUGGUCAUCGGUGUUGCGGAACCCGAGAACAGUCUCGUCGACGCGCAGGCGGAGGCUGCCCGUGAACAGCAGCGUUAUGAAGACCGCGUCGGACGCACGCUGCUGCUGUAUGGCGGCGUGCUCAACACGGCGGCCAUCUGGGGCGUCAACGGCAUGAGGCAGCGCAUCUUGCUCUACAAACCCUACUCACAAACGACCUUCUACGGAAUGUUUAGAAUGGCCUGGAGCCGACAGUCUCUCGGCCCGUACUUGUUCGGCGGCUUGCCCUCCUUUCUGGUAAGCACGCUUCUGGAGCAGCUGCCAGCGCUUGGAGUAAUAAAGAAAACUCCUCUAACACGAUAUGCAACUGCAUAUAUUCGCCUCCACCUGGCCAUAUACGCCUUCUUCCAGCGGACAGGAGUUGUUCCGUUCAGAAAUUGGCUCCCCAACUGGCGGUUCUUUGUCCCAGGCUCCAGUCUAUCGCCCAUCUGUCUUCCACCAGCUCCCACCUCGUUUCGGCCGCGAGGUAUACUCCAAUGGCUCGGCGCCUUCGCUUUAGCCGCAGCGCCGUUCGCCGGGUUUUAUCUUUACACCAAGUUCUACACGAUCUUAACCCGAGCGCUGCGCUAUACCAUCCACCAGCGUCUCCCCCGGCCAUACAAUUCCAGCAAGCGUCGCCGGGACUGGGCACCCUUGAGCCGAGAAGAUCCAGAUUUCGAUUUCGUCGAGCAGCAAACUGACGAAAAUCCCCCCACGACCCCCCCUACCACUACCACCAACACAACCACAACAACUACUACUACUCCUACGACAACCGACCCCUCUCCCAGCGCCGUCCUUCGUCGGCAAAGCACCAUCUCCCUCCGCGGUGGCAGCGGUAGCAAUAACAAUAACAACAACAACAACAACAACAAUAACGCCGACCAGCCCGCGCCGGCACAAGACGACUUCGCCUCCGAAGACGAAGACACCGACAUCAUCAGCGCCACUCUCAUCAGCUUCGACGUCGAGGCGACGGACCCGACCAGCCCCGACGCCGGGCCCCACUCCUCCGGCUCUAAUGCGGCCAAUCACCACAACCACACCGGCGGCGACGCCACCCCGGGCGUCUGGUCCGCCGAGCUGCGGCCCAGCCUCGCCGACGGCAGCCGAUCGGGCGGGGCCGCCGGCUUGCCGGGGAGCCGGGGCGGCGGCCGCGACCCGCUCUACCGCGAGACGGUGCUCACCCGGCUGCCGGCCAUCCUCGCCACGGACGUGCUGGCCAUCACGCCGGCGCGGCUGGCGAUGCUCCCCUUCGCGGUCUCGGUCUGGCUGGGGCUGACGAGGCCGUACAUGGCCAGGAUGGGCAUGUCGCUCGACGGCGUGCUCGAGGGCGCCGGCCGGUGGUGGGGGCUGUCCUCGGCCAGGGGGCUGGUCAACAUGCUCGGGCUGGAGCUGCUGCUGGCCGUGAUGCAGGGCGAGGCGUGGGCGGUCAUCAUGCUGGCCGCCGAUCGGUACCGGAUCAGCGAGGAGGAGUGGAGGCGGCGGGUCGAGGCUCGGAGGGAGGAAAGGGAGAGGGAGGAGAGGAUCUAGGAAAUUGAGGAGGACGGGGUGUGGAGGAGGCUGCGGGUUGGAGAGUAAGGGGGGGCGGUGUGCUUAUGUUCCUGAGGCGUCGUCGCCAAGAUUCACCAAGCACGGCAUUUUAUAU